GGCAUUAUCUCACACUUCACUACAUAUAACAAAUCUUUCAAGAUUGAAUUUUUAGAUUGAAGAACAUACAGAGAAAGGCUGGACAAAAAUGGCCAACUUUGUUCUGCAACUGCCAACCAGCAACUUGAGAAACUUCUCUGUUUAUGCUUCAUCUAAUGGGGCUCCUCCGGGUACUGGUUCACAAAGUGGGGGCCCUGUGAUUUUGGAGCUUCCGCUUGAUAAGGUCAGGAGACCCCUCAUGCGCACCAGAGCAAAUGAUCCAAACAAAGUCCAGGAACUCAUGGACAGCAUUCGAGAAAUUGGACUUCAAGUACCUAUUGAUGUGCUCGAAGUUGAGGGAGUUUACUAUGGUUUCUCCGGUUGUCAUCGUUAUGAGGCUCACCAGCGCCUUGGGCUCCCAACAAUCCGUUGCAAAGUUCGACGUGGAACCAAAGAAACUCUCAGGCAUCAUCUUCGCUGAGUGGUAGUAUCUGCUUCUUAAAAGUGCAUACACAACUUUGAUGAUGUUAAUCAGACAGUAUAUGCACUUCUCAGCAUUCUGCAAGUGCAGUAUAUUCUCAACCUAUGUCAUUCUUGCUCGAGUUUGUAGAUUACCCUGUAAUCGAUAGUAAUAUACAGUUUUUUAUGAGUCUCGAAUAUAAUUAGAAUCAUACCUGCAAUGUUAUGUUUAAGUGAUCAUCAAAUCCAUGGCAGUGGAUGUAUAUAAGUUUAGUAGGUUAAGUAAAAUAGCUAGAGUUUUGUCCCUGGCAAGUACCAUUGAUCCAUGCUGUGAAAGGAAAAUUGGAUUACGCUUUGAAUGGCGGGAAACUGUUUGAACACUCCUCCCCCAGACUUUCUUGGGAGCCUUGAACUGAAAAUUCGGUGGCCCUCUUUGCCUUCUGCAUGCUGCUUUAUUCAUUGAACUUGAUUAAAUGUGUCCAUGGAUUGAUUGACAGUAGUCAGGAAUAGAGCAGAAGAUCUGCUAUCUAUUAUUUUUUUUUGCUCAA